AUGGUCUCCAGCCCCUUUAUUACCACGGCAGUGCUGGCACUCGCCGCUACGGUCUCUGCACAGUGCGGCUCUGGCACGCCCGAUGCCACCGUUGACGGCGAAGAGGGCGCCUACACUGCCGCCGUGGGUGGAAGCGAGGUCUACUCCGGCGACGACUACUACGCGGCAAUUACUGCCGGUCUCGACGGUAUCAGCUCAGGCCAACGCCUGUCAAUCAUCGCAUCCGGCUCGAUUGGCACUAACGUGAUCGACAUCGACAGCGGCAAGAUCUUCGAGGGCUGCGGCACCAUCGAUGUCCAGGCGAACGAUGGCCGGGGGAACAUUCGGUCGCUGGGCACGCAGGAUGUUCAGAUCCCCUACCUCACCCUGACAGGAAGCCCGUACUUCGGUCUGCACUUCUACGGAGUGAGCGGUCUUUCCCUCGGAGAGAUCACCAUGAACUUGAGCGGCGGUCUCGGGAUCCGCUUCGAACGAGACGAAGCUGCCAACACCGAUGUGUCUAUGGAUGUCAUCAACAUUAGCGGCGCAGGCAGCCACGCUGUGGAAACUUGGAACAUCGACGGCCUCACCAUCAACCAAGUCAUCGCGAAGGACGUCGGCGAGUGUGGUCUGCUCAUCCAGGCCACCACGAAUGCGCAAAUCGGCACCGUGGACGCAGACAACGUAGCAACAGGCACCGGCUACGCAGCCUUCCGCAUGGCCAACCAGAACGGCAGACUUGCAGAUGGCAGCUACGAGACCAACGUGUUCGUCGAGAACGUGAUCGCAAAGGGUGGAGGCCGUGGCGUGUUCUGUGUGUCGGAGUCUGGAGGUGUUGAGAUCGCAAGCGUCGACAUUUCUGACACAGAGAACAACGCGAUUCUCAUUGAGAACUGCUACGGGGUGUCGAUUAAUGGUGGAACUGUCACUGGUGGUGGCGAUAUUCGCCUCUCUGCUCGCGACGAGUUUGAGAUUACCAGCGAUAUUUCGAUCUCUUUGGAGGCUAAUGGAGUGAAUGUCGUUGAGAACCCAUGCGGCGAGAACAUCACUUGGGAUAUCAGCGGCGAUGCCACUCUCGAGACUUGCUAG